AUCCUACCCUACCCUACCCGGGUACCCCACCCCCCAUUAUCCUACCCUAUCCUACCAUACCCGGGUACCCCACCCCCCAUUAUCCUACCCUAUCCUACCAUACCCGGAUACCCAACCCCCCAUUAUCCUACCCUACCCUACCCGGGUACCUGCUGUAGGUCUCAAGAGAGAGGUACAAAAUGUACGAUUGGGACUAGUUUGACCAUAGCCCAAGCAACAUGCACUUGGAUACACAUAUAGAACAAUCUGGUCAAACUGACAAAGUUCAAGAAUAAUAUUGUAAGAACAUUCGUAGAAGAAAUGUAAAACAUGUUUUAUGUUAAUUGUCUUCAGAUGAUUGGUGGUAAUGUCUCCUACUGUGGCGCCACCUUGAUGGGUGGUAAUGUCUCCUACUGUGGCGCCACCAUGAUGGGUGGUAAUGUCUCCUACUGAGGCGCCACCGUGAUGGGUGGUAAUGUCUCCUACUGUGGCGCCACCGUGAUGGGUGGUAAUGUCUCCUACUGUGGCGCCACCAUGAUGGGUGGUAAUGUCUCCUACUGUGGCGCCACCCUGCUGGGUGGUAAUGUCUCCUACUGUGGCGCCACCCUGAUGGGUGGUAAUGUCUCCUACUGUGGCGCCACCCUGCUGGAUGGUAAUGUCUCCUACUGUAACGCCACCGUGAUGGGUGGUAAUGUCUCCUACUGUGGUGGCGCCACCAUGCUGAGUGGUAAUGUCUCCUACUGUGGCGCCACCAUGAUGGGUGGUAAUGUCUCCUACUGUGGCGCCACCCUGCUGGGUGGUAAUGUCUCCUACUGUAACGCCACCGUGAUGGGUGGUAAUGUCUCCUACUGUGGCGCCACCCUGCUGGGUGGUAAUGUCUCCUACUGUGGUGGCGCCACCAUGCUGAGUGGUAAUGUCUCCUACUGUGGUGCCACCAUGAUGGGUGGUAAUGUCUCCUACUGAGGCACCACUAUGAUCGGUGGAAAUGUCUGAGACAUUUCCACCAAUCACAAUGGUGUAUCCGUUUCGUGUACAAACAACAAUAUUACAUGGUAAAUAAACAAAUUUAUUCGC